AUUGGGGUGAUCCUGAAAAGAUGAACAAAAUGAUUUUCAUUGCUUUCGUGUUGGAUCCUCGUAAUAAGUUUGUGUAUGUUAGCUUUGGGCUUGAAGAGCUAUUUAGGGAGGAAGUAGGAAAGAAAGUAAGCAAAGGAGUGUAUGAUUAUAUGAAAUCUUUGUUUGUAGAGUAUCUCAAAAAUUAUUCAAGAGAAUUUCAUCAUAAAUCAUCUCCAUCUGCAUCUUCUUCAUCUCAAUGCUCAUCUGAUGUAUCUUCUAGUUCUGACACCUCUUUGAGAGCAAAAGCUUUGAGAACUAAGCUUCAGUUGAAGAAACAAAAGGAAGACUUCGGAUGUGGGGGUGCUAAAUCGGAGUUGGAUAAAUACAUUAGUGAAGAACAAGAGCCUGAAGAUGAAUGUGUCGAGUUUAAGGUCUUAGAUUGGUGGAAAAUAAAUGCUCCUAGAUUUCCCGUGCUUUCGGAGUUGGCUCGUGAUGUGUUGGCUAUUCCGAUUUCUAGUGUGGCAUCGGAAUGUGCAUUUAGUACCGGUGGACGUAUUCUUGAUCCAUUUAGAAGUUCAUUGACUCCUAAAUGUGUGCAAUCUCUUAUUUGUGCCCAAGAUUGGCUUAGAGAAGAGACUAAACCCGUUAGUGUGGAAGAAAAUUUGGAGUAUCUUGAGCAACUUGAACUUGAGAUAGCAAAUAGUGGAAGAGAUCCUUGCAUUGUUGAUGUUUGAUUUAGGGAGUUUGAUUGCAAUUUGCUACUAGUGUUCAACAAUGCCUCCUAAUGCUCGCUCACAUGUUUGGGAAUAUUUUGCGGUAGUUCAAGACAAUGAAGAAGGGCGUAAAUUAAGGUGCUUGACAUGUGGUAUGAUACUUAAAUAUAAUUCAAGAGUGAAUGACACAGGUUCCUUGAUGAAACAUAUUGGGAAAUGUCUUGAGCGUCAACAAGAGAGGCAAAUUCGCCUUCAAAUUUGAGCUUGUGUUUUGAAUUUGGUGAAUUUCGGACCGAAUUGUGAUUGCUAGUGUUGUGUUAAGACAAUGGAUUUAAGACUUAGUUUGUGACAGCUAAUUUUUUGUAUUUGGAGCUAAAUUUUAAGACAUUUGUGUUGUUUAUUUAUGUUGUUUGGCAGUUUGGCUGCUGCUCGUUUUAAGCUUAUGUUAUAUUGUUA